AUGGCGCGGUGGUUGUCAUUCUUUGCAGAAUACAACUUUACGGUCGAGUACAAACCAGGACGACUUAAUGUCGUCGCUGAUGCACUCUCACGUCGUCCCGACUUUGAAACAGUCGCGAAACCCAACAGUGAGACAGUCACUGUUGCGGUUAUGACGUCCUCAGUUCCAUCUACAACGUUGUAUGAUGAUGUGAGGCGGGCAUACGCCCAAGAUGCCGUUUCUGGUGACACACCACGUGUUGUCAUUCCAGAUGAUAUUGAUCUGCGUUUGCGGAUCAUGUUCGAGUAUCACGAUGCUCCUAUAGGAGGACAUCGUGGCCGAGAGAAAACAUAUCUCACGGUGAGUCGAGACUUUUACUGGCCCCGCCAGUAUCAGUUUGUGCGAAAGUAUGUUCGCGCAUGCGAAGUCUGCCAACGAGUGAAGUCAAGCCCUUCACUGCGUGCACCUUUACAGCCUCUACCGGUUCCGGCUGAGUGCUGGGAAUCCAUCUCAAUGGAUUUCGUCUUCGGUUUACCCAAAGACGUACGCGGGAAUACGGGUAUUCUCGUAUUUGUUGACAGAUUCAGCAAAAUGGUACACCUUGUGGCUGUACCAGAGACAAUCACGGCAAGUGGCUGUGCUUGUGUCUUUAUUGACACCAUCUUCCGACUUCAUGGGUUGCCCCGUGAACUCGUAUCAGACAGAGAUCCACGAUUCACUGCUGAUUUCUGGCGUUCCGUGUUCAAAUCACUCGGAACGCGCUUGAAGAUGUCAACAUCUGAUCAUCCAGAGUCAGAUGGUCAGACGGAACGUGCCAAUCGUGUCCUUGAAGAGAUACUUCGAGGAUACGUACACUCCUUUAAGAGUUGGAGUGAGUUUUUGCCGAUGGUAGAGUUUGCCAUCAACAACUCGGUGCAUGCGUCCACGACACAUACACCGUUUUACGUGAAUGGCUUGCGCCGUCCGCGUGUACCCACCUUACUAGAGUGUAACUCUGGUUUAAGGGGGGGAGGGACUCGCGCGAGCAAAAACCGAAUUGGUUCACGCUCAUCACGCUCUGACGAAGAAGUCAUUGCGUUUGAUGCCGAUAUCGAUAACAUCGAUAUCGAAGAAGAUGAUGCCAGUGAGAGUGCGGAAGCCCUCACUGAAGAAGAUGAUCCCAGUGAGAGUGCGGAAGCCCUCACUGAAGAAAAGGUUGAUGUUGCUGCAGUGCGCUCACAGCACACUGAAGCUAACGAGUCAUCAGAUGAGUUCAUACUGGCUCGUGAAACGUUAGUCCGUUUUGUGCAAGACUCCAUCGCCGAAGCGGUGGAUAAGCAAAAGCAAAACGCUGACAAGAAUGGAAGGGCAAACACUCUUUUAUUUAAUAAAGGUGACUUAGUCCUACUGUCUACGGUUAAUCUACCAAAGCAUGUAGUGACUCAACUUGGGUAG